ACCUGUUAUACAUUUUGCUUCAUGAAGCAAUCGGGAUCUAAUAUGUGAUCUCUGUCCAAAAGCAGCAGAGAGCUAUUAAUUAUGGCUGGCAACUUCUUCAAUGUUGACUGCGCCAGGCAGGAUACAGUGAAGGCCAACCCACUACAGAGCAUGAGCUCCAGACAGUGACCGGCGCUCUGGUUUAGAGACUCGGUCAGAUUUUGGAGGAAAAUAAGUUUGAUUUCACCAUCAUGCUGCUUCGAAAAUUGCACCAGAGAUAGCAUAUGGAGGAUGUUCAUCAUCCAUUCAUUCAUUCAUUCAUUCAUCUUCAGUAACCACUUUAUCCUGGUCAGAGUCACAGUGUAGCAUAUACAUCACCUCCAAAAAUACAAAAAAAAAAAAAUUAUUAUUAUUAUCAUAUGCAAUGAUGCUGAUGUUACAGCAUGGCUUUAAAUAAAUAUAUAUAAAUAUAUGUUUGCCUUUGCAAGUAAAUAAUAUUUUAGUUUUAAUAUUCAAUAUUGUCUCAUUUCUGCUGAUGCCUGACUUCUUUAUGUAUUUAUUCUCAGUUGUAGGAGCAAUCUAAAAACAAGUCUCAGGUAUUAUUCUACUCAACCUUGCCUCAUCACCAGUUUAUAUGUAUGCACGACUAAUAAUAAAAACCCAAAACUACGUUUCUACUUCAUGAGAUAUUUUUAACAUAUUUUUCCUAUAAGCUUCACUGUAGUUACUGAAUAAUCAGCUUAAGAAUUAAAAAGUGAAUAAACUGGGAUUACAAAGGGUUAAGGAUUUUAAGUACUGUUGUUGUUUUUUUUUCAUUCAUAUUCCAUCAUUAUUAUAUGAAUUAUUAAUUUGUACAUUAACUGAGUUUUGUAUAUGGUUGAUCAUAUCCAAGUGCCUAUAUCUUUGUUAUCAGCACCAGUCUGUGUGUACUAUAGUGUGUGUAUAAUGUGUGUGUGUCCCUGUGUGUGUGUGUGUGUGUGUGUGUGUGUGUGUGUGUGUGUGUGUGUGUGUGCAAGCUCCAGUGUGUGCAUGAUGGAGGAGGAGGGACGCUCAGAAUGUUCCCAUCCAACCAUGAGCUGGUUUUGCUUGAGCUCUUCUUAAAGGCCUGUUUACGGCUUUGCAGCCCCACCAACACACACACACACACACACACACACACACACACACACACAGGGACACACAGACGCGCACACACACACACUCACACACACACACACAGGGACACACACACACACACACAGGGACACAGACACACACACACACACACACACACACACACACACAGGGAGACACUGAGAAACACAGCUGCAGCAUCAGAAGGCAGCUCAGCUGAAAUCAUUCAGUCUUUUCAGGAUGACGGAGUGUGUGUUUUGCUUACAGCUUGAAUUAACCCACUGAGCGACCUUGAAAUAUCCGAAACUAAUUUAGUUAAAGCCGAACUCAAGCAAACUCAGUUAGUAGUAAUGAUGCAGGAAAUGAUACAGAAAAGACGAAUCCAAUAAAACAGUAAAUAACACAAUCACAUGAAGUAGGCAGUAGGUGUAGAUGUAGUAGCUGUAUAAUAAAUUAUACUACAUUACCUCAGAAAACAAAUACAUUUCAAAAUAAUAAUACUAAUAUCAAAUCAAAUGAGGUGCAUCUUUAAAGAAGAUGCGUUUUUUUUUUCUUUCUUUUUUUAAAUGUUGUAAAAGUCAUUGAGAUAAUUUACGGAAAAAAAAACCGGCUUAAAGUCGGCACUCAAAAAAGUCCAUAAACAAUCAGAUUACAUCCGAAUUAAGCAACUAGUAGAAUAUAAUAGAGAAUAAUCUGUGUGGAAAUAAGAAUUUAAAGACAUACAGAUGUCCAAAUCGAUGAAUUCUAAUUAAUGAAUUCAAAAUCAACACGUCAGAGAAGACACACACACACACACACACACACAGAUAGACACACACACACACACACACACACACACGCACACACGCACAAGAAUUACAUAGAGACAUAGCCUAUAUUAAAGGAGGAUGUAAAGAAAGAAAAAAAGGACAAAAAAUAUUUUAAAGCACACAACCAGUGAUGGUGGUGUUUCACGCGUUAAUGUUCAGGUCAACAUGAUUUACAUCUUUAUGCAUUUUAUCGCAAAAUGAGAGAAAAAAAAAUACUGCGACCUUUUAAAUACCGACAAUUUUUUUUUUAACGAAACUAUCCUCUUCGUUUCAUAACAUCAUACUGAACCUAAAACUAAAAAAAAUAAAUAAAUAAAUAAAUCUAUAUGGCUAAAUCUCAUUUUUUGGGUUUAAUAAUAGCCUCUAAAGUGCGUCUUUUCCAAUAAACAGGUGAUGCGGCUCAUUAUUUUUCCGCACUUCUGUAAUAUCCGACCCUCAGGUUGUUAUUAACACAUCUAAUAUUUACAGGCUAUUUGGGGAAUAUUAGCUUAUUUCUAAACGAACCAUAAACGCCAGGCUUUACAGCUCCAACUGCCACACAGCGCGUAUCAAUGGAAAAUACUGUGGGGAGGAAAUACAGAAAACCAAUCAACAAAACAGAGGAAAUAAGCCUCUCUCUGCUGUAAUCUCUACUCUAAUCUCUAAUCUCUACUGUAAUCUCUACUGUAAUCAAGCAACACGUUUCCUACACAGUUAGAAAUACAACAAAGUAACAACGCAGUGAAGAUGGUCAUGUUUAAACUGAAAUAAAAUGAUAUAAAUGAAAUGAAAUGAAAUUACGCAAUUAAGGUCAACUAUCACGACAAUAAGCCUGAGAGGAAAAAGGGGGAAAAAGACAAAUAUGCAAAGAGAGAAAUACAUGAAUUUAAAUAAUAAUAAUAAUAAUAAUCAUCAUCAUAAUUAACAACUAAAUAAAAUAAAAUAAACCUGUUGUUUUUUUUUCUCUCAGCCCAUAGUGUAUCCUAUAGGUGUUUCCUGUCCUAGAGUCGCGACUCCUUUUCAAUUUAGUCUCAUAUAUAAAAGCUCAACAUUUAAUCCGCUGUCCAUAAACCCUGAAAGCGGUGACGAAUCGCGCCUUCAUUGGACGCCCUUAAAAACCCCUCCCUUUAUAAUUUCACUGGAGCGCGGUGUGUGCGGAGACCUGAAACACACCGACGACACCGGUUAGGCGAGGAUAUACACACACUUACACACUUAUAUAUACACACAUAUACACACACACACGCGCGCGCACACGUAUAUAUAUACACACACACACAGUCCCGCAAACACGAGCACGCAGCACUUUCCCAAAAAACUGCGGGCGAAAACUGUGCGCGUGAAGACGGGGAAAUCCGACAGGAUGUGUUUGUAACUGAUGCGCGCGGACACGGUGUGUGUUUGCAUGCAGCACCGAUGGACUUUUAAUCACUGCGACCACUGAGGACAUACUUUUUUUUAUAUAAAUAUUCUUUUUAUUUCUUGUUGCAGAAGAAAGCAAAGCGGAUGAUUUAAGCGUCAGUGCGCGCCUGUGCCUGGAGCACAAAUAGCAGGCUGUGUUUGUUUGCAUUAGGAAACUUUUUUUCUGCUCUUAAUAGGUCCCUUUUCUUCUCUAGCAUUGGCUCCCGUGCAAACAGCCGCGUUGGAUCCGUCGGGUUACUGCGAGCCUCCGGUGUAUAACCCGGACCUCUGCCCCAACAUGAUCGCCGCGCAGGCCAAGCUCGUGUACCACCUAAACAAGUACUACAACGAGAAGUGCCAAGCGCGCAAGGCGGCCAUCGCUAAGACCAUCCGCGAGGUGUGCAAGGUGGUCUCAGAUGUGCUCAAGGAGGUCGAGGUGCAGGAGCCGCGCUUCAUCAGCUCGCUCAAUGAGCUGGACAACCGGUUCGAGGGCCUCGAGGUGGUCUCGCCCACUGAGUUCGAGGUAGUGCUCUAUCUCAACCAGAUGGGCGUCUUCAACUUCGUGGACGACGGCUCGCUGCCCGGUUGCGCCGUGCUGAAGCUGAGCGACGGCCGCAAGCGCAGCAUGUCUCUCUGGGUGGAGUUCAUCACGGCCUCUGGAUACCUGUCAGCGCGCAAGAUCCGCUCGCGUUUCCAGACGCUUGUGGCGCAGGCCGUGGACAAGUGCAGCUACCGCGACUCGGUCAAGAUGGUGGCCGAUACGAGCGAAGUGAAGCUGCGCAUCCGGGACCGCUACGUGGUCCAGAUCACACCGGCGUUCAAGUGCACAGGGAUCUGGCCGCGCAGCGCCGCGCACUGGCCCCUGCCACAUAUCCCGUGGCCCGGUCCGAACCGCGUGGCCGAGGUCAAGGCCGAGGGGUUUAACCUGCUCUCCAAGGAGUGCUACUCGCUGAACGGGAAGCAGAGCUCGGCCGAAAGUGACGCCUGGGUGCUGCAGUUCGCCGAGGCCGAGAACAGGCUGCUGCUCGGCGGAUGCAGGAAGAAGUGCCUCUCGCUGCUGAAAACUCUGCGCGACCGGCACCUCGAACUCCCCGGCCAGCCGCUCAACAACUACCACAUGAAGACCUUGGUUUCCUACGAGUGCGAGAAACAUCCACGGGAGUCGGACUGGGACGAGAACUGUCUGGGAGACCGGCUGAACGGCAUCCUGCUGCAGCUCAUUUCGUGCCUGCAGUGCCGCCGGUGCCCGCACUACUUCUUGCCGAACCUCGACCUGUUCCAGGGCAAACCGCACUCGGCGCUCGAAAACGCCGCCAAGCAGACUUGGAGGCUUGCAAGGGAGAUCCUGACCAACCCGAAAAGUCUGGAGAAGCUUUGAGGUAAAGCAGAGACUCAAGAAAUUAUAUCCACAUGUACUGUGCGAAGUGAAAAAUCAUAGGCGUAGAGUCGGGUUGGGUAGAACCGCCUGCCUGAAGUCUGGAAGCCUGUUCCAGGACAAAAACAAACAAUAACGCUCACUGAUCUUUAAACCUUACCCCACCUUCUUCUCAAAAUGUGGCUUUAUAAAAAUUAUUUUAGAGAUCACAGUCUACUAAAAUAGUUUUUAUAGCUCAUGUCCUGAAAUUACUAUUCUAUUUUGUGUUUUGUGUUGCUCAUAUACGCGAGCAAAAAAAAAAAAAAAAAUGUAACAACAAUCAAAAUGUUUAUUUGGUUAUUUAU